AGGGAGGACGAAGUGGAACAAGAAGUAAACGAAAAUAAAUUCCGCCGUGAGGAUCAACGGCCGUCGAUUCGACCACCAGCACCACCACCGCCACCGUCUUCACCUUCGAUGUCUCCAACGCUAACCCUAAGGAUCCUGUAUUCGUUUGCCUCCGGUUUCUAUAUGUUGUGAUUCAUCAAUCGUCAGUAGCUUUAUAACACAAAUAUUAUAUAAUUUCACCGCGAAUUACCGUUGCAAUUAUUUGAGAUUCGCAUUCCUGGUGCUAGAUCUGGUCGAUCAAAUGGAUGAAUUUGGUAUGUUAGCGAAAGAUUUUGGGUUUCGGCCUCAAGGAAAAUCUGCUCCGAUGAGAUCGGGUAGUGGAGAUCGCCGAGGACGACCUACAACGUCGUCAUCAACAUUCGCUGCUGAAGAGAAUGAUAUGUUUAACGGCGUAUUUGGUGGUCCUCCUAAAUAUACCAACAACAACUCGAAAUCAUCGUCUUCGAUGUCUGAUUUUGAUUACGAUUCGAUUUUCAAGGACCCAGGAUCGGCGAAGAAUAAUGAAUCUCAAACCAAACAUACGUCUUCGAAUUCGCUGGUUUAUGACAAGCCGCUUUAUGACGACGACAUUUUUGAUGGAUUGCCAGGGGUAAAGAGCAAACCAGUAUCUUCUCCUGCCGCAGCGAGAUACGAUGAUAACGUUUUCGUAUCUAUGACUACUUCGUCGCCCAAACAGAGUCCACAGAGUGAUCAAUUUGAUGAUCUUCUUGGUAAUUUAGGACGAACAGAGAAGGCUGAAUCGACCAGGCAUCAUAGUGAUAAGAAUCCAAGAGGUUUGGACGAUUUGAUUCCUGGCUUUGGAAGCAGCAGUGCUGCAUCAAGUAACAGAUCGAGUUCAAAACCAUCCCCCAAAUCAACUGGCAAAACAAAGGAAAAAUCUAAUGCAAUAGAUGACCCAUUUGUGGUUCUAGAGUCUAUGACAAGCCCUGUUACUUCAUCCCAGGGCCAUUAUACUGAUCCAUUGGAAGACACAAAAAUUGGUAAAUCCAGGAGCACAAAGGCUGGAGAAUCAGUGAGUGGGAAUGUGUUUGGUGACAUGGACUCCCUUAAUGGUUUCAAAAAACCUGCACCUGCAUUUGCGAAGGGGAUAAAUAACAGGGGAAAGGGUCACAUCCCUUCGGAUGAAGGAUCCAGUAUGGGCAGUGCACGAAGUUCUGUUAGUAGAGAGCCAAUAGAGGAAUCUUCCUUUGGAUAUUCUGAGAAUCAACCACAGAAGAUGCCUUUUGAUGAUCUUCAAGAAUCUCAUCAAACAGUCUUUGACAUGCCAACUGUUUCUAGAAAGUCUCAUAGAUCUUUUGAUCAGACUACUUCUCCAGCUUCCUAUAGUGAGACAAGUUCACAGGUGGGCACAUCUCCCAAUUCAGAAGAGCAUGUGCAGCAUGCCGAUGACAUAUGGCUCACUGUGUCAGAGGUCCCUCUGUUCACACCAGUUACUAGAGCCCCACCACCUUCAAGACCCCCUCCUCCAAUACCAAGGCAUGCUUCAAAGUCUGAUAGAGGUUCAUUUGCUUCACGUACCAGAAUAUUUGGUAAUGAUUUAUCUUCUUCAUCAAAUUCCGCUAAAUACUCCCAAAAUGUUAGGCCCUUCCGGUCUUCGACCAAGAGUCAUGUAUCUUCACAAUUAGAUGAUCUUGAGAAUUUUGCCAUGGGUAGGAUGCCGAAUAACAGUGAUGGCAUUUCUGAUGCCCAAUCAGGUGAAGAGAUGGACUCAGAUUCAGCUUCUGCUGCAAUGAAGGAGGCUAUGGACAGAGCUGAGGCUAAAUUUAAGCAUGCUAAGGAAGUAAGAGAAAGAAAACAUGGAAAUGCUUCUAGAAAUAGAGAAUAUGUGCAGGUAGAGACGGAUGAACAGACUAUGGAUGAAGAGAUAACACGGGGGAGGCUAGAUCGUGAGCGGCAAGAGAGAGAGAGGGAAGAGGAAGAGAGAGAGCAAAGGAGACGUGAGAAAGAGAGGAUUAGGGAAAUUGAAAGGGAGAAAGCCAGACAAGCUGUAGAAAGGGCUACCAGGGAAGCUCGCGAAAGAGCAGCUUCUGAAGCUCGCUUAAAGGCUGAGAGGGCUGCUGUUCAGAGAGCACAAGCUGAGGCUCGUGAAAGAGCAGCUAUUGAGGCUAGGGAAAGAGCAGAAAGGGGUGCCGCAGAAGCCAAGGAAAGGGCUGCCGCAGAAGCCAAGGAAAGGGCUUCAGCUGAAAAGGCUGCUACAGAGUCCAGGGAGAAAGAAGCACGGGAGAAAGCUGCUGUAGCGAGGGCUGAAGCAGAAGCAAGACGUAGAGCAGAGCGUGCUGCUGUAGAAAGGGUCACUGCUGAGGCCAGAGAGAGAGCCGCUGCAGAAGCUCGAGAGAGAGCUGCUGCUGCUGCUGCCACCAAGAUGAACCGACAAAAGAAUGAUAAUGACCUCGAUUCCUUCUUUAGCAUGGGUUCUCGACCAACCAGUGUGCCACAAUCAAGGGCAGCUUCUUCUGACUCUGCAACUGAUCCACUAUCCCAGAACAGACGAGGACCCGAUACUGGAACAUCUUCCAAUGUGAGGAAAGCAUCUCCCCCUACCAAUUUCGUUGACGAUCUAAGCUCAAUUUUUGGAGCUGCUACGCCAGCUGGAGAAUUCCAGGAUGUUGAGGGGGAAACAGAGGAAAGGCGAAGAGCUAGGCUGGAAAGACAACAACGCACUCAGGAGCGCGCAGCUAAAGCGCUGGCUGAAAAGAAUCAGCGGGAUAUGCAAUCUCAGAGGGAACAGGAAGAAAGACAAAGGAUUUCUGCAACUUUAGAUAUCGAAAUCAAGCGUUGGGCUGCAGGGAAAGAAGGAAAUUUGCGAGCGAUGCUAUCAACGUUACAAUAUGUUCUUUGGCCUGAAUGCGGUUGGCAGCCUGUUUCAUUGACGGAUUUAAUCACUGGUGCUAGCGUGAAAAAAGCAUACAGAAAGGCUACUCUGUGUAUCCAUCCAGAUAAAGUGCAACAGAAAGGAGCUAAUCUUCAACAGAAAUACGUCGCCGAGAAGGUUUUUGACCUUCUUAAGGAAGCUUGGAACAAGUUCAAUUCAGAGGAGCUUUUUUAAUCCUGCAAUGAUUCUUGAAAGAACAACUCUUUUUUUCUCAACAAAGAUACAAAUACACACGUUGCCGUAUUUUGUUGAGCAAAGCGUAACGCAGAUUUCUUCACAGAGACGGUGAUUACAGCAAGCGUUUGUACUGCUCUUUGUAUCUCGCUGUAUAUGUUGCAUAUCUUCGUAUCCGAAAGGUGAUGUGGUCUUUUUCGUCUAUUAUUGGGUUAUCUUUUUUGAGUGAAAUGAAGAAGUGUAAUUUUUGAGAUAAAAACUUCCAGGUAAAUUUUUUCUUGGAUUUUUCAGUUUUUGUUUUUCCAAUCUAAUUGUAUAAUUCUUUAUUUACUCUUAAUCCUAUUC